AACUGUAACAAAAAAUUCAGCAGAUUCCGGGGCCGGGGCUCGGAUAAAGAGGCUGCAAAAUCCGGCCCAAAGGUCAGAGAGUCGCUAACUUUACCCAAACCAGGAACUGGCCGGGACGGAGACCUUGAUAUAUCGAUCACCAGGAGAGGCCGAGGGAGGGUGGGGGAUUGUGAACCGGGAGAGGUAGCUGGAUCCGCCGUGCGGAGUCCGGUAAUAUGCCGGCACUGUGUGGUGUAUUACUGAAGAAGCUCCUCUCACAAUAAUGAAGGCCAGUCCAAGAAGGCCUCUGAUUCUGAAAAGGAGGAAACGUCCCCUCACAUUCAAUAAUCCAGUGGAUAUAAGGGAGAAUCCUCCUGAAGACAAGAAUGAUGGGAGUAAACACAAACCCGAGACUAGAGAUUUUGACACAGAGAGCACUUGUUCAACAAAGGAUGACCUGGGAAACUCUCGGAAACACACAGCCAUUGAGACUCAAAAGUAUCCUGAGAGGAUUCGGAUUGUAAACCAUCCUUCACUGCCCAACACUCAGGUUGUGUUAAUUCCUAAAAAUGCAGAUCUUCAAAGCAUCAUAGCAGCACUCACAGCAAAGGGGAAAGAGAGUGGCUCCAAUGGGCCCAAGAAAUUUAUUCUUUUGAGUGGUAAUGCACCUUCCUCCUCCCGCCAGAGCCAGUCCUUGGGAAGUAAUGAUCCUUGUACACCACUUCUGGAAAGGAGAAAAAAGUUCAUGGAAUUACAGGAGGAUCCAUGCUUAACAGUUGCUAACUCAAGCGGCAAGGUGGCCAUACCAGAUUUCAUAAGUAAUAUCAGCAUCAAAAAGGAGGAUGAUCUCCCAGUUCAAGUCCCUCAAACAUCAUUUCCUUCAUCUCUGUAUGACCAAGAGGCUGGUACAGCUCCUACAGUUCCUGAGCGCCUUCUCCUGAACGACAGUCUGACCAACAUUCAAUGGCUGGGUAAAAUGAGCACGGAUAGCCUAGGGGCUUGCAGUGUAAAAGAUGAAGCUGAGAAAGAAAACCAAGAGCCUCCACCAGAAAGUGCCACUCCAGAAUCUGUUCAUGAAAGGCCUCCGUAUUCCUAUAUGGCCAUGAUUCAGUUUGCAAUAAACAGUACCCAGAGCAAGAGGAUGACUCUGAAGGAAAUCUACACCUGGAUUGAGGAUCAUUUCCCCUACUUCAAGCAUGUUGCCAAACCGGGUUGGAAGAACUCUAUUCGGCACAACUUGUCUCUGCAUGAUAUGUUCAUACGUCAGACAUCUCAUAAUGGCAAGAUAUCACACUGGACAAUCCGUGCUGAAGCCAACCGCUUUUUGACCUUGGAUCAGGUUGUUAAGUCAUCGGAUUACAGCCCAACUGACCAAACCCAUUGGAUCCAAGCAGUGCCUGUGCUGGUCUGUCAACAACAACAAAAGCGAACUGGCAAUGCUGAGCUGCCAAAGAGUAAUGUCGCUCUCAGCACAGAAGUUAAUCUGAGAAAGAUGAAGCCACUGUUGCCCCGGACUGACUCCUACCUGGUACCCAUUCAGUUGCCGGUCAACUCUUCCCUCAUCCUGCAGCCAUCUCCUCACAUAACCCUACCAACAAUCCAGGGGCACCGCUCCUCAACUGGCAGCAGUAGCGAGUUGGCCAGGAAGCGCAAGCGUGUUCGGAUAGCACCAAAGGUUCCAAGCGAGAGUCUGAGUUAUAAUCAUCCUGUAACCUCAAUAAAGGAUUCUGAGAAAUUGAUGCUGAUUCCAACAAUCCCUCCAAUUACUGAUAUUCAAGAGAAUUCUGCAACAGCAAAAGCCUGCGAGGUCUCCAAGGAGAGCAGUUCCAGGCGAAAACAGAGGCAUGUUCUUCAGCCUAUUGAGGAGCCUGUUCUUCUGUUCCCAGAAGCCAGUGAGCCCAUUGCAGAGUGUGGACCAGAUUUGGGUUUUGUGUCUGGUUUCAAUGAAUCCAGAACCCUGGAGCAAUGCUCAGAUUUUGCCAACACCAGCAUAGAUUAUAACUUCAAAACCCCCAUUAAAGAGAAGCCCCAUGAUCUACCUGCCUCCUCCACCCCGAGUAAAGGCACCAGUGAGAGCUCGCCAGUCACUGUAGCAAACAGCUGGAAGAUUGCGCUGACCCCUUUGAAAAAAGACGACAGCCUAUUUGAGUUCAGUCCUGUGAGGACACCAUGUGGUUCCUUCCUAACACCACUGCGUAAUAACACAGGCAACCUGAGUUUUAGUAGUACACCAUUUAAGGACUUCGCUCUCUUUGAGUCACCACGUGAGCUCUUGAACUCCCCAGUUAAAGAUCUUGUGCCUGACACAGGAUCCUCCCCUCUUUCAGAGGGCAAUUCCAGAAGAUGUUCUCGAGAACUUCAGAUACAUACGAACUGUAACACCAAAGCAAACAAGUCUUUGACUGAAGGCUUGGUCUUGGACACUCUCAAUGACAGUCUUAGUAAAAUAUUCCUGGACAUUAGUUUCACUGGCCUGGAGGAUGAGGACUACGAACUUGGGAAAAUGAGUUGGUCAACACUAAUUCCAGAACUGAGAUAAUUCACUUUGUGAGGAGGGGAGUUUUGCUGCUUAGAUGAUUUUUAUUCUUGAUAUUAAAACUAUUUCAUGUUCAAGCUGAUGUAGCUAUUGAGUCAGAACUAGAAAAAUCUUCUUGGACUAAAGCCUUUGGCAAUAUUUCAGGUUGUUUUUGAAGUCGUCAGCUCCUAGUGUCUGUAUCUAUAGGUAUUUAGUUCCUCACCCAACUGGACUAUGCUUAUUGUAACUAGAUUAAUCACUGUUCAUUGUUAUCCUUUGCACUUGUCUGAGAGUGUCUGCCAUACUCUGUAUUGAUUUGAUAUGUGUGUGUGCGCGUGUGUGUGUGCGCGUGUGUGUGUGCGCGUGUGUGUGUGCGCGUGUGUGUGUGCGCGCACGCAUGCUGUGUUUGCUGCUCCUUUAUCUUCCUGGAUACAGGACAUUGGGCCACUUUUAAAGGCCUUGAGACCUCCCUAGCACUGCAUUUCUGAUGAUAGUCAGCAAAUUCCUUGACUUUGACUAUACAUUUUCUUAUUUCUUGGUGUCUUCUCAGGGAAUGUCAGAAAGUUUUGUAUAUUGUACUUGUAAAUAUAUUUUUAAAAAUGUAAAGAGAAAACUAUGAAGGGGAAUAUGAGCCCUGUAAUGCAUAGGGGGAGGAGAAUGUGACUUUCUUAAUUUCAGUGAAGGUCUGAUCUUAACUGAAGCUUGUUGUCUAGUUAAUAAGAUAUGAGAUAAUGCAGGCAAGUCAUAGUUGAUCAGUGUUGAUAUAAAUUGUCCAUCUUAGUAUCUCGGAGAUUGACAUUAGAAGUUGCAUUUCAUACAGCAGCUGGCAGCAUUCAGUUCCAGCCCAAAAGUUUUUAAACAGAAAAUGCUGGAAAUUAUCAGUAUCUGACUAGUUAACAAUUUGGACGUAAUCAGAACUGCCAAAGAUACAGUAUUUUUCCAGAUUUUUCAUUAUUUCAGCUUUCUACUUCUUGCAAUUUGUUUUUUCUUCAUAUACUCCAAUUCCCAGGAAGAAAGGAACACUUUGUAUCUGUAUCAGCUUUGUUUUCUGUUGUCAGAUAUCUGCUCACUGGAUCAAGCCCCCUUCUACCUGACCGGUGUAACCACAUUAUUCUGUGUAUUGCUAUGUAGGUUGCAAAUCAUCUAGUUAAAAAUAUUGAAAUUCUCGCUUAAAUGUGCGAAGUUUGGGUUUGGUGUUUUAAACAUAUGAUGUAUUCCAGAUUAAAUGUGGUAUUGGUACUGAAGGUGAACAGUCCCUUACUGUGACAUACUUUAAUAAAGUGAACAACAGAAUUUGUAAUGCAGCACUCUAGAAUAGCAGCUACAAAUAGUCUUUGAGAUGAGAAUUUGGAAUCUAUAUUAUACUGCAGUUUUAAAAUAACCAAGAGCCUUAGGUUGCACCUUGUGCUUCCAAGUUACCUGCUCUUGACUUCCUACUUUAGCAAAUAAGAAAAUUAUCUCUCAGCUAAGGCCUUAACACAGUUCAUUGAUCACAUCUGUCACCCACUUUUGAAUAGUUGAUGGUUUAUCAUUAAAUUUAUAUAAUUUAAUAGUUUGGCAUCCUGAUGCAGGAAUGCAUUUCUUCAGGAAACACCAAUGGUUCUAUCUUCAUUCACUAUUCUUUAACAGAUUCUUUGCUCAUCAGUCAUUGUCAGGUUUAAGACUUAACAAUUAAUCCAGCAUCAAUUGCUAUUUACAGAACAAAGUUGUACUAGUGUCUCUUUCCUAAUUCAUAUCUGAAAAGUUUGUCUCUAAACUUUAGACUAUGGUCCCCAUCUUAGUUAGUUUAUCUGUUGUAUCUAUUCCCCUUAAUACUUUGAAAGCAUUAAUCAAAUCACCCAUUUGGGUUCUUUUGGAAUUUGGAGACUGAUUUGUGCAAUCUUUCCUCAUAAUUUAACUUUCCAGUAUCAUUCCAAUAAACUUAUGCCUCAUUGCUCGCAGUGAUAUAUAUCACGGUAUGGUGGCCAGAAAUGUGGUGUAACCAGAAAGUUGCACAGCUGAAGAACUCUAUUCUAGUGCAGUUUCAUUUUCUUGGCAAUUAUUUUCUGCAUGUUUUGCAUUCUGCUUAAUAUUUUUAUUUUAUGGAUUUGUUGCUCAUUAUAAAUCUCUUAUUUAUAUUUUAAUCAGUUUUAUUACAGUCUGAUUUGGAUACCCUUUCUUUCUCUCAUGUAUAUAAUAUCUUAACUGUACCAUGACUUGGCGUGCAUUCCACUGUUUACUAAGUGUUUUAUUUUUGCCAAUAUUGACUUCCUGUCUCCUGAUCGAACUCACUAAACGUAGUCUUCUUCACCUUGACUAUUCAUUUGAUUCAAAAAACAAAAUGCUGGAAAUGAGAAAUAAGAACAACAAAUCCUGGAAAAACUCAGCAACUGUGGAGAGAGGGUCAGAUUUAAAGGGGAGGAUUUUACCAAUACAAUGGAGAUCCUCACAUCGAUCAGAAAUGCAUUUGUAGGUAGCCAAUGAAACUUUUCUCCUAAUUUUAUGGGCGACGGCUCAUAAGUGGUUUCUGAACCCAACUGGAAUCACAACAGCCCACGGUUAGGAAUUGUGACCAAUGAGGAGGCAAUGCAGGAGCCUUGCAGCAUUGAGGAGGUACUCUGAAAAAUAGUUUUAAAAAUGUUUGAUGAUUCAAGGAAACGCCUUUGAGGAAAUAGUGAAGACUGCCCAUGGCUCCCUCUAAGGUUCUAAAGAACAAUCCCCACCAGGCUACAACUGGGUGGCUGCCCUCAAUCAGCUGGAAAUGGACAAUACUUAUUCAAAUUGGCUUCCCACCUCCUUGUAGCUGGGAAACCAAUCUGCAGGAGCUCCCUAUGAUUUUACUCAUUCCCCACUUUGAUUUUAUUUUUCUCAUCUGUACUGAGAUAACUGAAGUUCCCAACUAUUACUACUUUUAAUAUUUUUAACUUUGCUGAAAUUUACUGCAGAUUUACUCCUGUAUCUCUUCCCCAGUAUCUGUUGUUCCACAGGAUACACCCAAAAAAAUGCUGUUCUUAGGUCGUCUAUUGCAUCAUCCUUCCCAGAACUAGUCAUACCAUUUUUGCCAUCCUGUAUUUUUUCAUUCUCAAUCCCGCUUGAGUAUAUGAAAUGGUCACAUGUAGAUGCUUCUGUGAAGCAGAGACCAAGAAUGUACUGUGUAGAUAAGUUUCACUUUUGUAGCCGGAAUGUGUAGCUUCCAAUUUCUUUAAUUGAGAAGAAAGACUUCCAUAUUGCCACUCAUCAUAUCUCCUUCUGACAAGUUGUGCAUGGAGUUUACCAACCUUCUUUCUCAAUCCCCGUAUUUAUGCAAUCCUGCGGUUGUCUACUUUGCAUUUCUCUCUGAUUUGAUUCCUCCUUUCCUGAAUUAUUAUUUAUGUCAUAAUGCUGUUUGUUUUUACCAGUCGUAAAUGCUUCUUGUUUCUUUGAUGCUUUGCCCUGAUGUUCCUCUUCCUGUCCAUAAAGUUUUAAGACUUUACCUCACAACACAAACUAACCUUACUUUUGUGGAUAAUUAUCCCAACCCUGAUUAGAUGCAACCUGUCUUUUUUUUUCCUGCAAGAUGCUCAUAUCCAAAUUGGUCUCAGUGCUUUGGGAAUCUGAAGCUCUCCCUCCCUUCUGCAUCAUUUCACAACAGCUAUUGCAUGCUUCGAUUCUAUUAAAAACUCUAUCAGUAAAUCUGCAAUUAUUUUCAGUCUCAUAUUUUCCUGUGCGUAAGUUGUCAGGGUGAGAGACAGGCUUUUGAAAGACUCCACAUUCUGGUUUGAUGUGUCAUUAAUGCUAGGCCAAAUAUCCUGCUUCUCUUGUUGCUCUCUAAGUGUUUUCAUUUACAUUUUUUUCCUUUGAGGAAAUGGUGGCCUGUGCAUCAAGAGGCGGUUUGAAAUUCCUGGGAAGAAUGGUUUUCCCUGCACAACCUGUUGGAAGGGUGUGAGCUGUAGAUUGCAUUUGCCGAUUAUCCAAGCAUUCUCCAAUGCUCAGCCGAUAAAAGUUUUCUUUUCAGAAAUUGACAUGUGCAGAAGUUUCUGGGCAGGUAAGCAAUGAGCUUCCCUUUCGUACAGGGACAUUUUAAAAUGCUUAACUAGGCAACUAGUUAAGAGGAGCAUUUAGUUCUUGCCAAAGCGAUUCAAUUACAAUGAUGCUUGUAGAAAUAAUUAACUGACGAGACAGUUUGUAAUCUUUAAAUUUUUUGUUAUUCCAUGUGUGGUGCUUUGGAGGCUUUUCAAUACAGUUUGGCAUUAAUUUUUUUUGGUUUUUGUGGUGUGAUCAUGUCAGUGACAUCAGGAUCAAAACCACUUUGAAAUUGUUGUCGGUUGCAACGACCGAUGAGACUACUGGUUGCCCCCUUACUGCUGCCAGUCAGAGAUGUAUUGUUCUCUGUGCUUAACCAAUAGAAAUUAUAUUUUUUAAGGACUAUGUUUUUUUGUAAAAAGAGUUAUGAUCUGCUUCUGCUUUGCAUUCCGACAACGGGCCUAUCAGUGUACUACUGGAACUGCUUUCUCUGACUCCACGCAAACCUGAAUUUGUAAUGGCUAUUAGUUUGGCAGCUAAACAUCCCCACAGCUGAGUCACUAGAUCAUGCGACAGCAACAGUAGUUGUAAAUUAUGAACAAUACAGUUUUUCCAGCUUGCAGUUCAUGUAAAUAUUUCAAAAUAACCUAAUUGUAAAUGCUCCAGAUUUUCUUAAUGCACCUUAAUAAAAAGAACGCAAUCUGUGCCUCAGACAUAUAAUUUCAAUAUAAACAGCCCAUUGUGAAACUGUGUGU